GAGGAGGAGGAGGGCGCGAUGUCGAACAAGCAAAAGAAGCUGCUCGCGCGCAUGAAGGUGGCGGAGCUGAAGACGCACUGCUCCAAGCCGGAGGUUGUCGAGGUGUGGGACACGACGGCGGCGGACCCGCGUCUGCUGGUGUACCUCAAGGCGUACCGGAACACGAUCCCGGUGCCGAGUCACUGGUGCCAGAAGCGGAAGUAUUUGCAAGGGAAGCGAGGGUUGGAGAAGCCGCCGUGGCAACUUCCGAGCUUCAUCGAAGCGACGGGGAUACAGAAGCUGCGCGACGCGUACGCGGAGAAGGAGGACACGAAGAAGCUGAAACAAAAAGGCAAGGACGCGAAGACCGCGAAGCUCGGGAAGAUCGACAUCGACUACCAGGUUCUUCACGACGCGUUCUUCAAGUUCCAGACGAAACCCAAGAUGACGAAAGUAGGGGAGCUGUACUACGAAGGCAAGGAGUACGAGAUGGAUCUCAAGGGGAAGAAACCCGGGACGCUGACGGAGGAGACGAGAGAGGCGUUGGGGAUGACCGACGACGGGCCGCCGCCGUGGCUGAUCAACAUGCAGCGCUACGGUCCCCCGCCGUCGUACCCGUCGCUGAAGAUCCCGGGACUCUCGGCGCCGAUCCCGCCGGGGGCGCAGUUUGGGUACCACCCCGGCGGAUGGGGGAAGCCGCCCGUGGACGAAUACGGGACGCCGAUUUACGGCGACGUCUUCGGC